AGUUUUUCCUGUAGGAAUUUAAGUCUCGAAGGUUCUUGAGCUUGUUGUAAUGAAAUAAAAAUAAAUUAUCACUCACUUGUGCAGAGAAGAACAUUGUGUGGACAAUUUGCACAGCACAAGGCCCACAAAACAUCAAGGCAGGCGCACUUGCAUCGAAGUCAGAGUCCAUUGGUUUGCCCACUAUGGGCACAAUUUUGGAUGCUCUCACUUCGAAAUUUUUGACAAAGCUGGGUCAGCUUAUCGAAGAUGAGGUUGUGAUGACACUAAGCGUGAAAAAGGAUAUCAAGAGGCUGAAGAAAAAUCUGGAAUACUUCAGCGCUGUUCGUGAGGACACGGAAGCUCUGGCCAUGAAAGAUAGACGGAUAGAGGCAUGGUGGAAGAGCAUGACUGAUGUUAUGUUUGAUGUUGAUGUCAUCAUAGAUCUUGUUAUGGUUCAUUCACAGAAGCUUCUGCUACCACCUAGAAUGGUAUGUUGCAAUCAGUCUAUGGUUUCUUGUUUUGGAAAGCUUUCAUUUGAUCAUAAGGUGGCUAGAAGAAUUAAGGACAUAAAUGAAAAGCUUGAUGAGAUUAAAACGAACACAGAGAUGGUCAGCUUGGAUAGAACCAUUCGUCAACAGUUCCAGGUAACAACCGUGGAUAGAAAUCAGACAUCCCCUAUAGAUGAACUAGAGGUUGUUGGAAGAGAGAUCAAACAAUCUGUUGGUAACAUAGUACAAAUGAUUGUCAGUGGCUGCCAUGAGAAUAGUAGAAGUGUUCUGGGGAUUCAAGGAAUGGGAGGCAUUGGUAAGACAACGUUAGCCCAGAAGAUAUAUAAUGAGCAGAUGAUAAGAGAGAAAUUCCAAGUUCAUAUAUGGUUGUGCAUUUCGCAGAGCUACACAGAGACCGGGUUGAUAAAGCAGGCAAUACGAAUGGCUGGAGAAAAGUGUGAUCAACUAGAGACCAAGACCGAGCUUCUUCCACUUUUAGUGGACACUAUCAAAGGAAAGAGUGUUUUUCUUGUCCUGGAUGAUGUGUGGAAAUCUGAUGUCUGGAUUGAUCUUCUUCUAUCGCCUUUCAUGAGAGCCUUUAAUUUCCAUGUCCUUGUCACCACAAGAGACCUGGAUGUUUUGUCAGAAAUGCAUGCAAUAUAUACCCACCGAGUAAACAAGAUGAAUUACAAUGAUGGCUUAGAACUGCUUAUGAAGAAGUCCUUUCAGUCGUCCGAGCAAAUAAGUGAAUUCAAGAAUAUGGGGUAUGAAAUUGUAAAGAAAUGUGAUGGCCUUCCUCUUGCCAUAAAGGUCGUUGCAGGUGUCCUAUCUACCAAAAAAACAGUUGCCGAAUGGAAGAGCAUCCGAGAUAGCAAAUGGUCCAUUCAUGGACUCCCCAAAGAACUUGGAGGCCCACUGUAUUUAAGUUACAACAAUUUGCCCCCUCAACUCAAGCAGUGCUUUCUCUGGUGUGCUUUGUUGCCUCCUAAUUUUGGAAUCCACCGUGACGCUGUAGCUUACUGGUGGGUUGCAGAAGGUUUUGUGAGGAAAGAACAUGAGUUCUCAGUACAUGAAAUUGCUGAAGAGUAUUAUCUUGAGCUAGUUCGGAGGAAUCUUAUUCAACCAAUACCAAAGUAUGUCGACAAGGCUGUGUCAACAAUGCAUGAUUUAUUGAGGUCACUUGGACAAUAUCUGACAAAGGAUCACUCCCUAUUCAUGAAUGCGGAAAAUAACAAUGCCAUGUCGAAUCUGCGCCGCAUAGGCAUCAGCCAUGCUGUAGAAAAAAUACCCGCUCUAGAAGAGCAUAAGUGUUUGAGGAGCCUCCUACUUUUUAAUAACAAGAACUUCAAGUUGAUUCACAAGGAGAUUUUCAGAAAGCUCGAGCAUAUCCGUAUUUUAGUUCUCAGCGGGACAAGCAUCCAAAACAUACCAGAGUCGGGGAACUUGGUGCUAUUGAGGUUGCUAGAUCUGAGCUAUACUGAGAUUAACAAACUUCCAGAGUCCACAGGUAGCCUCAUCAGCCUUGAAUAUCUCUCUUUGCUUGGUUGCCAUCAUCUGGAUAGCCUGCCAGCUGGUCUCAUGAGACUGUCCAACAUAAGUUUUUUGCAAUUAGAACAGACUGCAGUUGAUCAUGUUCCAAAAGGGAUUGCAAAGUUUCAGCAGCUCUACAACCUAAGAGGAGUUUUCGAGAGUGGUACUGGAUUCAGAUUAGAUGAAUUGAGACGCCUCCCCAAUAUCCAACGUCUGUGGGUCGAGAAGCUAGAGACAGCGGCACCAGGGGCUGAACUUGUACUGAAGAACAGUCAUAAUCUUAGAGAACUGGGACUGCGCUGCACAGUGGCCAGUACGCAAGAGAGAACUCGUUACCGGACUGAUGAGGUUGAGAGAAUUCAGCAAGUCUAUGAUAUGCUUAUUCCAUCACCAAGCCUUGUAUAUAUUUUUCUGGAAGGGUUCCUGGGUAUAAGGUUCCCAGAAUGGCUACUCUCAGAACCGGAGCUUAAUAUGCCAAGUUUGUGUCAUAUGCACCUCAAUGAGUGUGUAUCAUGUUCAGAGCUCCCACCAGCAGGUCAGAUGCCAGAAUUGCUAGUUCUUCAGAUUAAAGGUGCAGAUGAAGUUGUAACUAUUGGCACAGAACUCCUGGGGAAAGGUGUGAGAAGUGCAGCGGCUUUUUUCCCAAAACUCGAACUGCUUCACAUCAUUGGCAUGUGCAAUUUGGAGAAAUGGUCACUGAACAGAAAUAUGUGUGAUGACAUAGAGGACAACUCUCAACAGCUCUCUCUGAUGCCUUGCCUUAAGCGUCUGCUGCUUCUUGAUUGCCCCAAACUGAGAGCUCUGCCUCAAGACAUGUCCAUGAUUGUUAAUUUGAAGAGAAUCCACAUUGAAGGUGCUCACAAGCUUCAAGAAGUUGUCAAUCUUCCUGCCGUUCUGUGGCUCAAGGUGAAGAACAACGCUUGUUUGAGGAGGAUUUCUAACCUUUGUAAGCUGCAGGAUCUGUUUGCACAGGACUGCCCAAUGCUGGAUCACACGGAGAACCUGUGCUCGAUGAAACGUGUGUACAUGAUUGACUGCCUGCAUGCCCAAGUGUUCAGGAAUUGUCUAGCGGAAGAAGAACAAGGCAUCCUAGUCCAUGUUGCGACAGAUGGGCAUAAUAUCUUCCCGGAUGAAUCUCUCUAUAAUUAAAUAGG